AUGUUGGACAAAAUGAAGAGGAGAAUGAAAUUUGGUGGAAAACAUAAGCAAGCGGAGGACACAAUGUCAGUGGCUAGUGGAGUGAGUGGUGUCAGUAUGACCAGCUCUCGCAGUACUCGAUUUAUCACUAAACUCAAUAAAUCGAUUGGCAGAAAACUAUCGUCACUCCAGGACGGACGGCCAAUAUUUGGGCACCAUGAUGCGAACUCGUCAUUGGAUUCCAAUGGUCACCUAGCACCUCCUACAGCGAACGGCAGUGCUGUUGUUUAUCGUGAGGGCAAGCAGAACAAUGCUAGCUCACGUCCGUCGUCUGGUCUCAGUGGUAUAGACUUCAGCGAAGAUUCGUCUUACCCAACCGCGAAUAGGCUAUCAACUCCGAUCUCUAGUAUGGGACAGGUUGCUCAAACUGUUGGCGGCUCGCCGACGGCGUCGACAGCUGAAUCAUUUCAUCGUGCAAACAGCAUUAGAAGUGUAGCGUCUUCUGGUUUCGGAGGAUCGAACAAACCCGCGAGUUCUAUUGUUCAGAAGCAGCGAAACGAUGAGUUGGCAUAUUCACAACAAGACCUGCUGGCUCUUGUGGACAGUUUACGUCUCGAGCUACGUGUCAAAGACUCACGUUUACGCGAUAUGGAAGAAUACAUGGACAAUCUGAUUUCGCGAGUAAUGGAGCGCAACCCUGAACUCUUAGCAGCGCCUUUAGCUCCAGACAAGCCGAAACGUCGUUAUUUCUGA